AUGAUUGAUCAGUCGGAGGCCAGUCAGUAUGAUGGCGAGUACAUCCAACAGGAUGCCAACUACAGCACUCCUGUCGCUGCCAGGGAUAUGUUCUGGGGAAUCACCGUGUCCGACAUUAUGGCAGAGUUAGCCGAAGGAGGUGCCUCCGACGAUAAGGUCCCUAUGUGGCUCGCUGACUGUGAGACUAACGGCUUGGAUGAGUGUGUGAACAACAUGGCUGGGAGCUCGGGGAUGAUUGAUUGUGCUGAUGCUUACAGACAUCUCGAUGAUGAUGAAAUCGAAUAUGGGGAUGCGCUAUCCGUGGAUUACUAUGAUGAUCGUAUCAAGAUCGUAAAAGAGCAACUCGCAAAGGGUGGGGUCCGUUUUGCUUGGAUCAUGAACCACGCUUUCCCCGAAAACAUCACCGUCCCAACUACUAGUUAUUCGAACUUCCACUACUACUAG